UAAUAAUAAUUUAGUUAUUUAUUUUCUUCCUUUGUGUUUCAGGAUCACUGCAAAAUCCUCUUAAUUCCCUCUCUUUGCUACCAUACCUUCCUUGCCUUUUGUCACUGAAUUUUUGCAGGCCCCGUCCUCCCACCCCAUCCCUGUUCUUCAACUAAUAGGGUUUUCUCUUUAUAAACACCCACAUUCCACUCUCAUACAUAUAUUAAUAAUAUAACCCUAAGUGAAUUUUUCAUCUUUCUGUUGCUGCAUAGUCUUCCUCAUUGGGACAAAAUAGAUCAUUUAUCAAAGGGUUUACAGGAACCUACUCAAGGGGAAUAAAGUGCAGAUCAAAGAAAAUGGCAUCUUCAAGCUAUUCAAACCCACCAUGUGCAGCCUGCAAAUGUUUGAGAAGGAAAUGCAUGCCAGAUUGUAUAUUUGCACCCUAUUUCCCACCAGAAGAGCCUCAAAAAUUCAUCAACGUUCACAAGAUAUUCGGUGCAAGCAAUGUUAGCAAAUUGCUAAAUGAUGUGCCGCCCCAUCAAAGGGAAGAUGCAGUCAACUCCCUCGCCUAUGAAGCUGAGGCAAGGAUGAAAGAUCCUGUUUAUGGCUGCGUUGGAGCCAUUUCGGUCCUUCAAAGACAAGUUAUGAGACUCCAAAAGGAAUUGGAUGCAACAAAUGCUGAUAUAAUCCGCUAUGCCUACAACGAAAUGCCACAGCCGCCGCAGCCACCAGCAGCAUCCCAGUAUGGAGGAAGGAGAACAGCCGCCGGGCAUGGCAGCUCUGGGGGUGGUUCUUUCGAUCAAAAUUCUGGGUUUUAUUAUCCUUCUCAGUGGAAUAACAAUGACCCUAGUGGAGACAAUGAGAGUGGAAGCAUGUGAGAGUUUGUUAAUUGAUUAAUAUUAGUAUAUCAUGUCAUUAAUUAAUAAGCACAUCAAGAUUUGAUAUAUGUAAUAUAUAUAUAUAUAUAUAUAUAUAUAUAUAUAGGUUGGGAUUGGAAGAGCUCCUAUUUGGCUGGCUCUAGGGUUUUCUCUAGUUAUGGAACUUGACAAAGGGACCAUACAUGGAUAUUUUUUAUGAUAUGCAAAUUACGUCUCAUGGAAUGUAAUUGUUAGUGUCUUGUGAAAAGUAA